AUGCCUUUGUUGAAGCAGCAAUACAAGGCUCCUCCACCACUUAGUCACUCUUGGCCUGUUGCAGCUCAAGGCUGUUUCUAUGGCAAAGUCUUACUUCCUACUCUUGGCACUGAAAAAGGUGAUAAUUAUUAUAUGAAAUAUGUGCAGUAUGCAGCAAUGCCGGAAGAAUUAAAUGACCUAGAAGACUCUGGAAAUAAGGGGAAGCCAACGGAAUCUGCAGCCAGCUUGAACUACCUCGCGAGUCCAAGAUUUUUGAUUUAUGUAAGCUGUGCACUGUCUCUGUGGGGAGACCAAAUGUGGCACUUCGCCAUUUUUGUGUUCCUGAUAGAAUUAUAUGGACAUAAUCUUCUUCUAACAGCUGUUUUCGGUUUAGUGGUUGCUGGCUCUGUGUUAGUAUUUGGCUUUUUAAUUGGAGACUGGAUUGACAGAAAACCAAGAAAUAAAGUUGCUCAUGCAUCAUUAUUCGUUCAGAACUCAUCUGUCACUGCCUGUUGUAUAGUACUUAUGCUGGUAUUUUCUUACAAAAGUGAGAUUGAACAAAUCUGGCAUGGCUGGCUUACUGUGGUCUGUUAUGCAGUGGUAAUCAUCUUAACAGACCUCGCCAACGUUGCCAGCACAGCCCUGACAAUUACUAUACAGAGAGACUGGAUUGUGGUUCUAACAGGAGACGAUAGAGGUCACCUGGCUGGAAUGAAUGCAACUGUCAGAAGAAUGGAUCAAGUCAUCAAUAUUUUUGCCCAUCUAUCUGUGGGAGAAGUUAUGACAUGGGCAUCUAAUGUAAUUGGUUGUGGUUUCAUCCUGAGUUGGAAUGUGGUUUCUCUCCUAGUAGAAUUUACAUUUCUUUCUAAGGUAUAUCAACUAGUUCCCCAGUUAACUUUAAAACCUCAUCAACAAACAGGGGAAUAUUCUCUAGAAAAUCAACUGGAAUUUAAGAAUAUUCAAGGCUUUUGGUCCUUUGACCUGACGGUGGAGAACAUUCCAGGAGAAUGUUACGUUCCAGAAUCGGAACGUGGAACAGUGAACAGAGUGCAGAGUUCUAUGAACUACUUGAUGGAUCUUGUCCAUUUCAUACUGGUGUCCUUCGUUUGUGACAUUUCAAGUUAUGACAGUGUGGUUAUGUUUCUAAAUUUACAAUCUACUCCAACUUUACAGUACAUCACCCUUCUACCCUUCUUUAUGCACUAG